AUGUCGGACUCGACCACAGUUGAGCCUGAGGUUAUGAGGGGUCUGUGUUUGCGAGACUCUGGGGUGGGCCCGCAGUUACUCACUGACCUGGAUGUUCCGACUCCAGCACCUCAUGAAGCCCUGAUUGAGGUGUUGCGAGCAGGUAUAUGCGGAACGGACUUGCAAAUGAUUGACAAUUACAAGCCAGGGUUCAAGGGGAUGUUAGGCCAUGAGUUUGUUGGCAUUGUUCGGAAGCUCGGGACGCAGUAUGCAAACGACGAGCUGGCACACCGGACGUGGAUCGGCAAGCGUGUUGUAGGUGAAAUCAACGUGCCCUGCGACGCUUCAGACUGUGCAACUUGUGCACGAUGCAUCCUCAAGCCCACUCAACGUGGUGCCACUAUGACCCGAGAAGAGGUCUCGCGCCGCAAUCACUGCCCGAACCGAUCCUGUCUCGGUAUUGUGCAAAAGGAUGGCGCGUUCGCUGAGUUUAUCACGCUUCCUCUUGCCAACCUCUACGAAGUGCCUGAUGGUGUUGUGGACUCCCAUGCCGUCUUUGCUGAGCCAUUAGCGGCCGCAUGCCGUAUUUUGGAGCAGCAACUUGUGCAGCCAUCUGAUCACGUUAUGGUGCUCGGAGACGGUAAGCUUGGUCUCAUGAUAGCAGAAGUGCUUCAUGUCUCCGGUGCUGCGAAAUCGGUGACUCUUGUGGGAAAGCACCGCGAGAAGCUGGCGUUAGCAGAACAUUUUGCUGAGACUGUCUACAUGUUUGAUGAGGGUGAUAAAGACCAAGAAAUGACGGUUUUUGCAGCUCGGAUCGUCAGCGGUAGGGAGCCCUUUGAUGUGUGCAUUGAGUGUACAGGAAGUCCCGGUGGUAUUUCGCUGGCACUGGAAAUAGUACGCGAACGUGGAACUGUGGUUGUCAAGUCAACAUGCUCGGCCAAGCAGACUGUGGUGGACGUUCAGUUGGUGCAAAGCAAGGGAAUACGACUCGUGGGAUCAAGAUGCGGACCCAUGUCGUGGGCGUUGCGAUUACUACGGGACCACAAAGUUAACGUACAGAAGUACAUUCAUGGUGUUUACCCACUCGAGCAAGCUGAGGCAGCAUUGGCUCACGCGGCUCGGCGUGGAACACUCAAGAUUCAGCUAGUCAUCCGUUGA